AUGGACCUUUUCUACACGAAUCAGCUGCCUACCCACACCGAAGGCAGCGAUUACAAUCUAGAAACCCACCUCGCAGUGCUGCGCGAUCUCUUCGCAGGCAAAAUCCACUCCCCAGAAACAGCCGCCAAACUAGCGUCUGUUGCUUUAGCACUCGAUGCAUCCCUCGAAGCCCAGCUCGGCCAGCUCUGGCACCUAAUAUUCAAGAUUGCAUGCACGAACUCUGAACACCAGGAUAAGCUAGUCGAUCUUCUCGUGGACAUGUCGCAUCUCCCGGACGCCACACAACCCGGUGACGAUGGACGAGAUCAGCCGUUGAUUCUCCACGAUAUGCAAGUGUGGAGGGACCUGCCACUGCUACGCUGGGAGAUCCGACGGCACUGGGAUGACUCCGUUCCGCUUCCAGGUACCACGACACCAGAAGAGAGGAACGCCGCUGUCGCAAGGACGGUGAAUGUGAAUCGUUUCGUGGCCCUUCUCGUCGCGACCGACGAGCCUGUCUUCGUGGCGGAUGCAUGGUUUGCGCUCGUGACGCUCCGGAUAGCGCUUGAGACGCCGUGGGUGCAGAUGCGGGCGGAUGAGCCCCUGGAGGCGUGGAUCCCUGCCGCAGCAGCGUGGAUUGAGCUCUUAGGCGUGGAGAUCUAUGAAUGGGACGAAGAGUAUAAGGCAGGGAUGCUGGUUGGUGCCCCGGGUUGUGGAGGGCCGUUGUGGAAUGGGAAGCACGGUUUUUCCAAGGAGCGGUGGAAACUUUGGAGAGAGAGGUUUGGUGAGGCUGCGAGGAAAGAAGAUGAGCCAGAUUAUAUCAGGAGAAUUGCUGGGGAGGCAGAGCUGAUGAUGAAGGAGGUCGAAGGUGGGGAUGUAGAGUAG